CUUAUCCUAGUUAACUUCAGCAUAACUUCAGCAGUGUCAUCCUAACGGUGGACCUCGCAAGCCACAACUACCAUAUUCAGAUUUUUAUUAUAUACAACUAUUUCGUCAGUUUCCACGCCCACACUCCUACGACUCAGGUGGACUCGGGAGAAAACCCUCGUCGAAAUAUAUGACGCAAAAUGAAUGCGACCGUGUGUGGCUUGGCCAGCAAUAACUUCAUCACGUCGCUGAUACUCACUUAAGGACGACAUGUCUCCUGAAGAAAGACUGUGGUGGGAGUAGGUGUGCUGCCAACACUAUUGGAUGAGCAGAAUACAGGAUGCCUUACCACUGUGUGGCGUAUGGAUGUGGCAAAACUGCUGAAAACGAUGUGACACUUUUUAGAUUCCCCAAAGACUCAGAGGAGUUUCGCAAAUGGGAAAAGCAGGUUCAGCGUACCCGCAGCGACUGGUUCGCUACACCCAACUGUCAUCUCUGCAGCGACCAUUUUGGUAAAGACUACUUUGAGUCCAUAUCACCCAUGGGGGUUCCAAAGCUGCGAACUGGUGCGGUUCCCACCGUGUUUGUGCGCCCACACUGCUCUUCCUGCGAUGGCACUGGCUGUAAUAAGUGCUUUCCUGCUAUCAAAAACCAGAGCAUUGAUGCAGAACCAAAAGAUAGUACUAUUAAAAUUCAUUCUCAGACAAAAGGUAAUGAAAUAGGAACAUCAUGGUCACACAGCACAGAUGGAGCAAGUGGUGAGAAACAUCAAUCAGGACAACUAGAGGAGCAGUCUAAAGUUGAAAAAACUGUGGUGUGUGAGACAUGUGGGAAAAGUGGCAGCUUUAGUAGCUUUUACUCAAAAAGCAAGCGUUUCUGUAGCAUGUUGUGUGCGCGUUCCUAUUCCUCCCACUUAAAGAAGUUGACCACACAGGCUCGCCUGCAGGGAAAGACUCGUAGAAAAAAGACCAAAGUGCUGAGAAAAUUUACCAAAGUGCGCCCAGCAGUAUCGGAUGCACCUGUUGCACUUUUUGAAUGGGGCAGCUACUUGGAAAAGGAAACGUCUUUGGGGGCAUCCGUGUCCUGCUUCAGACAUGCUCCCUUGUGUACCCAAUGGGAUGACAUCAAUGUCGGGCUGAAGGUAGAAGUCUUAAACACCAAUGCAGUCUUGCCCACUAAAGUUUACUGGAUUGCUACAGUCAUUCAAAUUGCAGGAUACAAAGCCUUGUUGCGGUACGAGGGCUUUGAGCAUGACAGCAGCCAGGAUUUCUGGUGCAGCCUCGUUUCGGGUGAGGUGCACCCCAUUGGGUGGUCUGCCAUGACUGGCAAGCUUCUGGUGCCUCCGCAAGAUGUGUCCAACAUCCCUAACUGGAAAGAGUAUCUGAUGAAAAAAUUAGUGGGCGGUCUCACUUUCCCUGUUGAGUUCUACUUGAAGCUUAACGAGAGCCUGAAGCUGCAAUCCUUCAAAGUGGGCAUGCGCGUGGAGAUUGUCGACCCCAAACAUAUCAGCCGGACACGCAAGGCUGUCAUAGAAUCCAUUCACGCUGGGCGCCUGCGGCUGGUCUACAUGGACCAGAGCGAUUCCCCUGAAAAUGUCAUUGCAGAUUUCUGGUGCCACCAGUCUAGUCCUCUCCUGCACCCAAUUGGUUGGUCCAAAAGCGUAGGUCACGACAUCAAGACACCCAGUGUGUUAUCUGGUUUGAAGGGCAAUUGUGAUAGUACAGACAUCCUCUUUAAAAAGCCCAGAUUUGUCUACAUCGGUAGUGUUUUCUUUGAGGAGGGAAUGAAGCUAGAAGCCAUCGACCCUCUAAACUUGGGUAGCAUCUGCGUGGCAACUGUAACCAAGGUACUGAGAGACGGUUACCUAAUGGUCGGCAUCGACGGCGCAGCGUCAUCCAAUGGCGCUGACAGCUUCUGUUACCAUGCCUCCUCUCACGCCAUCCUACCGAAAGGUUUCUGCAAAAGGCAUGCCAUCAAUCUCACCGUUCCAAAAGGUUUUGAUCCUAAAACCUUCACCUGGGAAAAUUACCUGGAGGAGACAAAAUCUAAAGCUGCACCACCACACCUAUUCAACACUGACUAUCCAGGUCACGGCUUCUCCCCCAAUGUAAAACUUGAAGCAGUGGACCUGAUGGAGCCGCGGCUAGUGUGCGUGGCCACGGUGAAGCGUUGCGUGGGACGCCUGCUUCUCAUCCACUUCGAUGGCUGGGACGAUGACUUUGACCAGUGGGUCAAUCACGAGUCCCCUGACAUUUAUCCCAUUGGAUGGUGUGAGCUCACUCACUACCAGCUCCAGCCACCUCCUGGACUUGUAGUGGAAAACGAUGCAGUACAGGUCAAGAAACCAAAGAUACCUUUGUUUAGGAACAAAAGACGGAGGAGGAGGCGCUUGCACCCUCAACAUCAAGCAAAAGAAGACCAUAAUUGCGGCGAGUACGAAGGCGAUAGAAAACCGCCUUCGCGCAAACUGACGGCCCAACCGCCAUUACCGGAAAACACAAGUUCUCCUCUAAACCUGCCCCUUGUUGAACUCAAAGGUGAACCAGAGGAGCAGGAAAUCACUGCAGUGGAAGUGAAAGUGGAGGAGGUGGAGAUGGAGACUCCCAUCUCUAGUCAAGCGCCAACAUAACGAUGCUUCAGGAAAACCUAGCAGAGGAGUGUAAAACAUGAUGUCGAGCCUGGUGAUUUUAUUUUAUUUUUUUAUACUUUUGUAUUGAAGAAAUCAUUAUUUUCAGCAGAGACCCAGAUGUGUAGGUUGGGAAACCGGAGAUAGGCAGAAAUGGAAUGUUAAAAAAAAAAAAAAAGAAGAUAAGUCUAAAAUAAUGAGAGCUGAGAAAGGUGACGUUA